GGCGUACAUGCGGUACCGCCGAGGCCUGUCGUACUCCCAAGCGUGGAUGGCCGUCUCCAUGCGGAGGUACGAGACGGACGUCCUCCGUCGGUGGCUGGCCGACCCUGUGCGAGGCCCCGAUUCGCCGCGGAUCGGCUGGGCGCCUGGCGAGCGCAGGCGGCCACCGGCGCAGGGCGCUGGCGCGGCCGCCGUUGGCCCGGACUCUGGCGGCCAGCGGGGCGGCCUUGCGGGGGAGGCGGCCGAGGGCCAGCCCCGCGCCGCUGGCGCAGCGGUGGUGCCGCCCGCGGGUGCUGAGGUGCCCAGCAGCGAAGAGGAUGUGGCAGGGUCCAGCCCGCAGACCUCUUCGCUGCCGCCGCCGAGCCCCUCGCCCACCCGCAACGGCGAGGAGGGCUAG